AUGGAUGAUGAUGAUGAUGAUGAUGAUGGCGCCCCGCCCGGAUCACACAGUCGGACUGGCGCCAUCUCAUGGAGCACUUCUUCCCAAUGUGUGGAGCUCGCAUCCCAGGAGGUAUCAGAGUGCUCACACCUGCAUUUUUUUUUACACAGAUAUCCAGCUAAAAUGGGCAUUGCGUGUGUGGCAGUCAUUAGCACACUCCUGUGCUCAGUUUUGUCAUCAACCAUUAAAGCUAAAGAUGAACACCGCACUGUUUUAUUUGGAGAGGAUGUUCAUAUUCCCGUGCCGGCUUUAGACACAACAGAGGUGUUGUUCAAGCCGAGAGUGGAUGCGUUGUUAGGGCGGGUUCUCCUGCGGGACGGGAAAAUUCUGGAUUCAAGAUCCAAACUGAACGUUCACAUCAGCCAUUUGAUCCUGGAGGAUGUGGGCGAGGAGGAUGAGGGCACGUAUGUGGUGAAGAAUUCUGCGGCCCUGGCUGAUGUCAGACGAAUCAUUCUCAUUGUUCGAGACUGUGCACUAGAGACUGUGGUGAAAUAUGGAGACACGUAUCAUAUCCCGAUCAACCCUUCGAUUGGUCCGUACACCCUUAAGUUCAGGCCUGAAGCUCAAACUCCAGUCUACCAGACCACAGAGGAACCGCCUGUGCUGCUUCUCAACCAGACCGGCAUCCCCACGCAAGCGUACAAGCACCGCCUCACUGUGGGCGAGAAGAGGGUCAGCCUAGGUUUGGUUACCGGAGCUGAUGAGGGCAGCUACACCGUCGUGGACAGUGAUGAAAAAGUCCAAACGAGGGCCUGCCUCGACGUGAAAGCCCACCAGAUCUUUGUGCACUUGAAUUAUGGUAAAACCUUGAAGAUCAGGCUUCACGUGGACUACACCAAAGUCAAAAUGGUCUACUUCACGGACACUGACUACAAGGAACGACUCAUCAUGGACCAGGGGGAGCUGACGGCACCUGUCGACUCUGCGUUUGAGGGUCGAGAGUCUGUGGAAGGAUCCAUGUUCUACUUGAAGAAGGUCAAAGUCGGUGACAACGGUGUCUUUCGAGUGAUGGACUCUUCAGGCUUCCGCAUAGCUGAUGUCUACCUUCAUGUGGAGCCCUAUAAGCUGCCACAGCUUUAUCUGGCGAUCAUCUCCUUGGUGUUCAGACAGGUGGUUCAUGAAGCUUAUACUAGAUUCACAAAGGAGCCCACCGUACAGUCCACAUGGGAGAACAACACUGAAAGCACAGAAGUUGAGAUCAAAGGUCUUGAGGUGUCAAAACCAGGUCAGUACCAUGCCCUCCAAUCUGACAAAAACUUCUUGGAGAUGAAUGACUCAGGCGUGGAGUUCAACUCGUCUGCGCUCCCUCUGGACAGUGACGCAGACGUACCCGACAAUCUCGCCUCUCACAAGAUCCUGCUCGAGUCUGACACUCUCGCUGGCGUCCCGCCAGCCAUUUCUGAGGGCGACCACAGUGCCACUCGCACCCCUGAUUCCAUUCUGAGUGUCAGCCCUGCUGUCCAGCCCAAAUCUGCAGCUCAGAUAGAUGGCGACUUGAUUGGCGCGACCACACCUGAGGAAAUUGCAAAAGCAAAUGAAUCGGAUGCAAAGAUGAGCAAAGAUGCUUCACCACAUUCAGAGAAAGCAUUGGAUCCAAGUAAUGGAACCACAACCUGAGAACUUUAAAAUAAACUGAGUCACACUAACCAGUGUGGCCACUUUUCAUUCGUAACAUCUCACCGUUUGAUGUCUAAAAUUACCCAGCACAUCUUGCUGGGCUCAUCUGAUGCUUAACAAAUGGUUUGUCGAACAAGCAGAAACACUGAUUCUAGAAGAACAAAAGAACAAAUCCAAGAGAAGACCACAAAAUUCACACACACAAAAAAUAACUUU